AUGCAACCCAGAAACCAAAUAAAUGUUUCAGAAUUUCUUCUCAUGAGACUGACAGAGGAUCCAGAACUGAAGACCAUCUUCUUCAAUCUGUUCCUAGCCAUGUACCUGGUCACCGUCAUGGGAAACCUUCUCAUUGUCCUGGCCGUCAUCUCUGACUCCCACCUCCACACACCCAUGUACUUCUUCCUCUCCAAUCUGUCCUUUACUGACAUCAGUUUAAGCACAACCAUGAUCCCAAAGAUCCUGGUGAACAUCCAAGCACAGAAUCCGAGCAUCACUUACACAGGCUGCCUCACUCAGAUCUGCUGUGUCCUGAUUUUGGUUUGUUGGGAAAGUUUUCUCCUUGGAGCCAUGGCCUAUGAUCGCUAUGUGGCUAUCUGUCACCCACUGAGAUACACAAUCAUCAUGAACCCCCACCUCUGUGUUAUGAUGGUUCUCCUCUCCUUGUUCAUUAGCGCUGCUAAUGCCCUGCUCCACACUCUGAUGGUCUUGCGACUCUCCUUCUGCAAGGACCUGGAAAUCUCCCUCUUCUUCUGUGAAGUUGUCGAGGUCAUCAAGCUUGCCUGCUCUGAUACCUUCAUCAAUAAUAUUCUUCUUUAUUUUGCAAUUAGCGUAUUAGGUGGCAUUCCCCUUUCUGGAAUCAUUUUCUCUUAUACUCAAAUAGUCUCCUCUGUUUUGAGAAAGUCAUCAGUGGGUGGAAAGUAUAAAGCUUUUUCUACCUGUGGGUCUCACCUCUCAGUUGUUUCCUUGUUCUAUGGGACAGGUUUUGGAGUGUAUAUUUGUUCUGCAAUUCCUGACUCUUCCAGGAAGACUUCAGUGGCUUCAUUGAUGUACACUGUGAUCACUCCCAUGAUGAACUCCUUCAUCUAUAGCCUGAGGAACAGAGACAUGAAGGGAGCUUUGAGGAAACUCAUGGGUAGGGUACCUUCUCUUCUGAGAUUGUGUCAUUUUCUAGCUCUGCAAUGUAUGACAAAACCUUUUCAUUCUCUAAGGUAA